GAAGAGCAUCAACUCUGAUGUUAGGAAUCUCCAAAGAAAAGGCUACGAUUGGGUGGGCUGGAAACGAGACAGCAAAUCAGGUCAGACGAAACUGGGUCAAGUUAAAUUGGGUCAAACAUCAUCAUCUUCAUUGCUUUCAUCAUUGUCGUCGUCGUCGUUGUCUUUGGCUCAAAAAGAUUUUGUAGAAUUGAGGUUUGGCUUCGCGAACGUUAGAAACUUCACUUCCGUAACGUUUCACUGUUUGCACGCACCUGGCAAGGGUGUGAAGAUAACGAAAAACCUUCCAAAACGCUCAACUACACAAAUCCGCUACUGGAUAAUAGUAGUAGCAGCAGCGUCAGCAGCGCUUCUGGUGGUAGUGAUAGUAGUAGUAGUAGUAGUAGCGGUGGUCAGCAACAAACGAUGAUGAUGAUGAUGUUGUCAGCCUCUGUGGGCGUUGAUAAUUCACCACAAGUUUCCAAUGUCACAAUAAAUUUGCACAAUUACCUUGGUAAGUACCUGCACGUACGGCUGUAUUUCGCCGAUCGCUGGUUACUAAUGAGUGAAGUGUAUUUUGUGUCAG